CUAAUUGCGCGGUAGAUAAAAGUAACUUGGCGGAGUUUUUCUGCAUUUUCCAAAGCUGUGUAGGUCAUCCAUAUUUCUUAGGCUGUUUCCUUCCUCUCAAUGCAUAACUUGUUUUUGGUCGGGCUAGGUUUGUUCAUACGGUCAUUUUUCGCGGACCUCAAAAGGAGUUGGAAUUCUCCUUCGUUGAAGAUAUCGAUAGCGCUAAUUACUGAAGAUGUGAUUCUACGCUGCGGUGCUGCUAUUGUAUCCGAUGUGAAUCGGCUGGGACAGCCACUACUCUCACCGAGGGUUAAGUGUUAGGACUUCUUUGAACCGGAGAGAACGAAAUCGUGAAUUAUCAUAUUAUGUUAUGUUGACAGCCAAGGAGCGCAUGCCUCUGAAUAUUUUGUCUAACAAACCCAGAGAAGAGGAACUUGCCUUGUAUUUAAACAUGGGAGGUCAGAUAACAAGAAAUACCUUGUACGAUUCUCUGGGUGGCCCCUUCCCCACCACGUCUCACCGCUGCCACCAUAAGCCCACCAAGAGAUGUCUGCCUAUCCAGCAGUGUGGAGGCAGCAGGUCCUCCUUUCCACUGCUCUUCCACCCUAGUGCCAAGGGCUCCCAGAUCGUCAUGGACAUGGCCCAGAGGACCGUCAAGAGACAGGCCAGUUUCUGCAACGCCAUCACCUUCAGCAACCGGCCCAUUGCCCUGUUCGAGCAGGUCCGCCUCAAGAUCACUAAGAAGCAGUGCUGCUGGAGCGGAGCCCUGCGUCUGGGCUUCACCUCCAAGGACCCAUCCCGCAUCAACCCAGACAACCUGCCUAAGUACGCCUGCCCAGACCUUGUCUCACAGAACGGAUUCUGGGCCAAGGCCCUGCCCGAGGAGCUGUCCAACGAGGGCAACAUCAUCUCCUUCUGGGUGGACAAGAAGGGCCGGGUCUUCUACCGUAUCAUUGACUCUAGCCCCAUACUGUUCUUCUGCGGGGUCCAUGCCUCCGAGCCACUCUGGGCUCUCAUAGACGUCUACGGCCUGACACGAGGGGUCCAGCUACUGGACAGUGAGAUGGUGCCUCUCGAUUGCCUGCAUCCUCACUCCUUCACCGCGGCCCACCAGGCAUCCUUAUGGCGGGACCCAGACGACCCUCGCCUUUCUAUCAGACUGUGUGACCUUCGCCACCAGCACAAGGAGGAAGAGGAGCGCCUGCACCCCCUUAGCUCCACCUCCUGUUCCAUCCCCCAGAACUCCCACAACUCCCAGCAGUGCUCCCUGCUCCCCUCGCUCCUUGACAGCGAUCUCCACUUCCACCCACUCCGAGGUGCCAACGUCAAAGCCCUCGAUGAGAACACGGUGAUCCGGGGCGUGGAGCACCGCAGCGGUGACGAGAGGACCUUGGUGUUCACCAGCCGGCCACUGUGUUGUGGAGAGAGUGUGUUUGUAAAAGUGACCAAGGCGGGUGGCACUCGUCUCGGGUCACUCUCCUACGGCGUGACGUCGUGCGACCCGGCCGGGCUUCGGCCCAAUGACCUGCCAUACAGCCCGGAGUCUCUGGUCGACCGCAAGGAAUUCUGGGCGGUGUGUCGGGUAGGGACGCCCCUGCAUAACAGUGAUAUCCUGUGUUUCGUGGUGAACGUGGAGGGGGAGGUAUUUCUGAGCCUCAAUGGGAUCAAUGCGGGGAUGCAGGUGUGUGUGGACAACUCCCGACCUCUAUGGAUGUUCUUUGGUCUGCAUGGAGACGUUACACAACUCAGGAUCCUAGGCUCGUCUUUGAAUGCAGACCCUCAGGGGCCAUCAAUUCCCAGCUCCCCAUCCUACACCCCAACACAGCGCUGCAGCGACAGCUCCGAGCCCAACCUGAACAUCAACCUCAACACCAUUCUCAAUGCCAGCUUCCCACCAGCCUUCAACAGCUCCACAGGUACGACUCCCAGCUCUCCAUUCUCCAGCCACCCAGAAUCCUCCACUUUCCAAGUUUGCUCGGGCUCUUGGAGUGACGAGUGCACCAUCUGUUAUGAGAACGUAGUGGACACGGUGCUGUAUGCCUGUGGUCACAUGUGUCUCUGCUACGCCUGUGGCCUCAAACUGAAGAAGAUGGCCAACGCCUGCUGUCCGAUCUGCAGGAGGACUAUCAAAGACAUUAUAAAGACCUACCGGAGCACGUAGGAUCGGCCUAACACAGUGGCUUAUUCACCGAGAUCAAAGAAAACAUUGAGGCCUAUCAGUGCAUGUAGGGCUGACCUGUCUGUGUCACCUAUGGCUCAGCUACAGGAGGUUUUUCAUCAAAGACCACCAGAGACAUACUGUAAUUCAGUCUUAUUGGAGCAUGUAGGUUUGGCCGGUCUCAGUAUGGCUCAGCAACACUGAGAUUCAGCAUCCAGUUGGCCCGUCAAAGAUAUCAGAAAAACAUGUUGGGGCAUAAAGGGCUGGCAUUUCACCAUGACCUGUCUACUGUACAGUGGAGGCUGCUGAGAGGCAGACUGCUUAUAUUAAUGGCUGGAAUGGAGAAAAUAGAAUGACAUCAAUUGGGGAGCAUGAGCUUGUGGUAAUGUUAUGGAAACCAUUUGUAUGAUGUAUUUGAUACCACUCCACCUAUUCUGCUCCAGCCAUUACCACCAUCCUGUCCUCCCCAAUUAAGUUGCCAUCAACCUCCUGUUCUACUGUACCAGGUAUGUGAUAGACCAUUAAAGAUAUUAUAACAAUACACAGGAAGGGGCCAUGCUGGCUUCCACUGUGUCACUGUAUCCCAGAUACUGGAUUGGACUCCGCUAUCAUGGAGGUGGACUUAACCAGGAGGGAUCUGGCUCACUCACUACGAAACAAUCAUCUUCCACCCCACUGGUGGUGGACAGUGAUGCAUGUUUUGUUGUUUUGGCUCUGUACUCCAGGAUUUUAAAUGAUACACUGACUGUUAGGUUUCUGGUGUAGACUUGUCAGCUUUAAUUUGGGGGUAUUUUCAUCCAUAUCGGGUGAACUGUUUAGAAAUUACAACACUUUUUGCACAUAGUCCCCCCAUUUUAGGGGACCAGUAAGUAUAGGGACAAAUUCACUUAUGUGUAUUGAAGUAGCAAAAAGUUAAGUAUUCGGUGCCAUAUUCAUAGCAAGCAAUGACUACAUCAAGCUUGUGACUCUACACAUUUGUUGGAUGCAUUUUCUCUUUGUUCAGGUUGUUUCAGAUUGUGUGCCCAAUAUAAAUGAAUGGUAAAUAAUUAGUCAUUUUGGAGUCAAUUUUAUUGUAAAAAUAAUAUAAUGUUUCUUAACACUUAAAGGUAACCUUGUAAAGGUAACCUUGUCCCCAGGAUAAUUGCUAGAGAGCCAGCUGUUGGAGGAGAUUAUGGUAAAGGAAACAGGAUAUCUUUGUCACAUUUUGUCUCUUUAGUUAGAAAGUCACUGAUAUUUUGCCUUCAUACUGUGUUUUUGCUGUUUACACAGGAAACUGUAUUCACACAUGUGGAGGUCAAGGAUCUAGCUACAGUAGCUGGUUAUUGUUGCACAGUAUGUGAGCUUUAGACUUGCAUUGCAAUCAUUUAAAACAAACUAUUUAUCUAAUCAUUAAGUUUUCAUACUAAUACAGUGUUUUUAAUCUAUAAUGUUUCAAAGACAACAAUGGUCAGGUACAAGCGACUUUUCAGGUUCAUAAAACAAGGUUGAAUUAUAUGUACGUUUUCUUAAAUGUGUUUUUUCAUGGUGUCAAGAUGUGCCAUCAGAUCCCUCUGUUACGCAAACUGCUCAAGGGAACUAUUUUAGUUUGAAUAUUAUAGAAGAGUAUUUGUGUGUGCCUUUUGGAGAAGAGAACUUUGAUCAGUUACAACACUGAAAUGUUCAGGCAAAUGAAUAUUCAGGUGCAUAUUUAUCCCAGUUCACUUUUACAUAGGAAUGAAGACUUGUGUCCAAUCACACAUCCCAUCUAUUGAUGUAAAAAAAUAUGGUGUUUUAAAGCCAACAUUUGAGUAUGUGUAAUAUGUACUCUAUGUAUGAAGUUAUUCAGCGCUAUUAAUAGAAACUGUUUAACACAAGCCUCUGUCAUUGUAUUGUAUAAUACUGGAUUAAUCUUGCGCUUGAGAAGAGGUUUGCCUUGACUUUUCUACUGGUUCAGUUUUUCUGACCAAAUUAGGACAUACAGAGAUCAACCAUGAUACAUGUUAACAGAGACAAUUAUAAUAAUGAUAAUGAUUUUGUGUUGUACUGUAUGAUAAUUAUUUAUUUUUUCAAUCAUAUGAAUUAUCACUGUGUUUGUUCUUUUGACAUCCUGUACAGCACAAUACAAAGUGUACAAGUC